CAUGAGCAGCCGCUCGAGUAGCAAAGACAGAAUUAACAAACAAACGGAAGCAGAGCGGAUAUGGAAAUGAGGGUUUUGAACCCAUCCGCACGCCGAAAUGACUCCGAUUCUUCCCGCGGAUCUCCAAUCCAUAAAUUCUCAACUCUCCCAACUCCAUUCUUGAUUCGUUCUUCUUCUUCUUCAUCCUUCUUCUCCUCGAUUUUCGCCGCCUCUGCUGGGGUUUUAGGGUUCCAAGAUCACGAUCAAGGUCGUCUUCGUCUUCGCCUGCGUUUGCGUUUGUGCUGAGGAGAAAUUUGUUUUGUUUUGACUUUUUUGAUUUUCUGAGGAGACAUGGCGGAUUCCAACACUGAUUUGUUCGACCCCAGAGCGGCGAUUGGCUCGGAUCAUGUGCUCGGUGCUUCCACUUCCUCGCGCGACUCUGAUUUUGGGUUCGCUUUUGACGACAGUAACUUCUCCGAUCGGUUGCUUCGGAUUGAGAUCGUUGGUGAGUCUGAUGAAACGGAGCCUGAUGCGAGUGAGUGCAGCAGUAUCGCCGAUUGGGCUCGUCGGAAGAGGAGGAGAGAAGACAAGAAAACAGAAAACGUUUCGGAUCUCAGUAAAUGCCCACCACAGCAAGUUUCGACCUGUGAUGAGCCUGAUAUGGUUGAUGUCUUGUCCUUUGACAAUCCAGAUGAAGAACCUGUGGCGAUGGUUGAAGAAUCACUAUCAGGCGAUGAAGCUGCCAAUUGCAAUGAUUUCAAUUUGGAUUCUUCUCCUGUGGUGAGGGUGAAGACUUUGCAUAUUAGCUCCCCUAUUUUGGCUGCCAAAAGCCCAUUCUUCUAUAAGCUGUUCUCAAAUGGCAUGAAAGAGUCAGAUGAACGACUUGUGACAUUACGGAUCAAUGCCUCUGAGGAAGCUGCUCUCAUGGAGUUGUUGAACUUUAUGUACAGCAAUACUCUGUCUGUUACCACAGCUCCUGCUUUAUUGGAUGUGCUAAUGGCUGCUGACAAAUACGAGGUUUCUUCAUGCAUGAGAUAUUGCAGUAGACAAUUGCGAACUAUGCCUAUGACACCUUUGUCUGCACUGCUCUUUUUGGAGCUGCCCUCCAGUGUUUUAAUGGCUGAUGCUGUCCAGUCCCUGACUGAUGCAGCAAAACAGUUCCUUGCUGGCCGUUAUAAAGACAUAACUAAGUGCCAAGAAGAGGUAAUAGUGUUUCCCCUUUCUGGGAUAGAAGCAAUAUUAUCCAGUAAUGAACUUCAAAUGGCAUCAGAGGAUGCAGUAUAUGACUUUGUUUUGAAAUGGGCGAGGUUGCAUUAUCCUUUGUUGGAGGAGCGGCAAGAAGUCCUUGGUACUCGUCUUGCUCGAUUCAUUCGCUUCCCUUACAUGUCCUGCCGGAAGCUUAAGAAGGUAUUGACAUGUACCGACUUUGAUCAUGAGGUUGCUUCCACACUUGUGAUUGAGGCACUCUUCUUCAAGGCUGACCUUCCACACAGACAGCGAACCAUGAUUGCCGAAAAGUCUGCUUCCUCGAGCCAUUCUUUUGUGGAGAGGAUGUACAAGUAUCGGCCAGUUAAGGUUGUGGAAUUUGAACUUCCUCGACAGCAGUGUGUGGUGUACCUGGAUUUGAAGAGGGAAGAAUGUGCCAACUUGUUCCCGUCGGGUCGAGUGUAUUCUCAGGCGUUCCAUUUGGGAGGGCAAGGAUUCUUCCUGUCAGCUCAUUGCAACAUGGACCAGCAGAGCUCCUUCCAUUGUUUUGGAUUGUUUUUGGGGAUGCAGGAGAAGGGAUCUGUGACUUUCACUGUGGAUUAUGAAUUUUCUGCGAGAUCAAAGCCGAGCGAGGAGUUUGUCAGUAAAUAUAAAGGCAACUACACAUUUACGGGCGGGAAAGCAGUUGGCUACCGGAACUUAUUUGCUAUACCGUGGACUUCCUUCAUGGCUGAAGAUAGUAUUCACUUCAUAAAUGGUGUCCUCCAUCUCAGGGCAGAGCUUACCAUCAGGCCAUAGCCUUCCUUUUCUUCCUUUUUUGUUUUUUUUUUGUUUUUGUUUUUUUGUUUUUUCCUCUCCCCACAUCGAGAUUAAAGGAAUUCUUUCAUGCUGUCCACUACUCACUGUGUAGUCGUUUAAGCCAUUUUGUCUUUGGAGGGAGGAAAAAGUUGUUUUUGAAUAGGUUUCAUUUAGUACUCAUUCUGAAACUUUUGAAGGUAUAUACCCUUUUCAUGAUGAGUUCAGCCAUUUCCAUUCAAUUCCAGUGAUUAGGAAGAUAAGUAAUGUAAGUAAAUGUCUUGGAUUGGCUAGUUGAAUUAAUGUUGAUAAAAGUUUAAUAAAAACAUUUCAAA